AGCACAGCCUCUGGGAGAGUAGGAGGGACUGAAGUUCAACCUCGCAACUGGGAUGUGCUAGCUAUAGAGGCAGAAUCUCUCCCCGGUUUCAGCAGAGAGGUGUGCACAUAAAACAGCACAACAGAUAACAAGUGCUGGAGUCUUUUUUUCCCCUCUCUAAGCAGUACAACAUUGCAGAAAAAUUCAGAGAACACAAGUGUCUAUAGAUAUCAUUUUUUUUUUAAAAAUCUGUUUUAGAAGUCAGAUUGCAAAGAAAGUGGGUUAUCGACACCACACUGUACUAGGAGUCCUAGUGAAUCUUUUAAGGUGCUGAAUAACUUAAAUGAGCAUGUCAGAAGAAGACGGCUGCCGGUCUCCGGUUGGCCUGGACUGUUGUAGCUGCUGUCUUGACCUGGCCAACAAAAGUGAGGUGGAAGAAAGCAAUGGAGAGAAUAACAACAUAAUUGUCAGCAAUUUCCGUCAGCUGCGAGAGAAGCUAGUCUUUGAGAAUCUAAAUGCAGAUAAGUUAAACACCAUCAUGAGACAGGACUCUAUGGAACCUGUUGUGAAUGACCCCUGCUACCUCCUAAAUGAGGGCAUCUGCAACAGCAACAUAGACCAGACCAUGCUGUCCAUCCUCUUGUUCUUCCACAGUGCAUCAGGAGCCAGCGUGGUCGCAAUUGACAACAAAAUCGAGCAAGCCAUGGAUCUGGUAAAAAAUCAUCUCAUGUAUGCAGUUCGGGAAGAGGUAGAGGUUCUAAAAGAACAAAUUAAGGAACUGGUUGAGAAGAAUUCUCAACUUGAGAAAGAAAAUUGUCUACUCAAGAACCUGGCCAGCCCUGAACAGAUGAAGAAGUUCCAGUCCAGACUACCUUCUGAUGAAACAACAGGAAUGUCAAGUCUAGCUUUCCUCCACACAUCAUCCCAACCACGCUCAGCCGGCUCUGCAGUUUAAGUGGCUCUGCCUUUGGAGUGGGCAGAGCCACUGAACUUUUACUACUUGUCUCCUUUGAUAAAUGAGAAAAAAAUUUCAUUUUUUUCCCCCUCUCUUUAAAGUGUCAUUUUGGCCUGGAGGGUCGUUGACUAGCCUCAACUGGCAUAAAGAGAUGCAUCAGGGCUAGUGAGGGCCUCCUCACGCAUCUUUUCUUAAAUGGAAGAGUGAGAGAAGCCAUUCAUGAACUGUUUAAGAAGAGUUCAAGCCAGAGAGGGCUUGUUCAAUAUGGGACUGGCCUCUCCUGGCUUCAGGCUUUUGAUUCAUGGCCGAGGUGACAGCAGCUAUUGCUGAAGAAGACCACAGAAUGCUGUAGUCAGAGUUCACCAUCUGCGGAAUACAAAGUCGAUAAGAGGAUCUCUAUAUAGAACUCACAACAAACUGUUCCAAUGUGGAAAAACAAGUUACUUCCAGGAACAAGAAGAAGGUGUAGGACAGUUGCUCCAUUUAAUUGCAUUACUAAGCACUGUUUGAUGCAGCACUUGGAAAUGGAGAUCUGUUUUUUUUUCUUUCCUUUUUUUUUUUGUUUGUAGCAACUAUCUGCUGUCAAGAAUUAUGAUUCUGCUGGACUCUUAAGAUCGUCAGAAUAUGAGGACUCGAUAGCUAAUGUUCAACCUUUUUUUAUGUAGUUACUAUGGUAUCCGAAGACUUGGAAAAAUGCUACAUUUAACAUGGACAGUGUUUUCAUUUAUGUUGACGUCUGUCUUUUUAUACCUGUCUACAAUACGUCUUUUUAUUUUUUUUAUCUGUCUGUCUGAUUUUCAACUGUCUCAAUGCCAGAGCACAAUGGCUGACAAGGGGCCUCCAGAUAAAGCUCACACAAGACACUUUAAACUCCGGGAAAUAUAAUAGACUAUGGACUAUUUGCUGCAAUAUUAAUGACUUGUGGACUAAAUAUGCCAAUGAUUACCUUAUAAGGCUCGUUGGCUAAUAUCUCCUGCUGUUUGUUUUACUGUCAGAGUGAAUUACGGCUAUGUACAUAACCUAACUAAACCUGCAAUAAACCAUUUUUUAUAUACAUAUAUAA